GGAGGAGAAAAAUUUGCCUAACUUGAGAAGCUUCCGCGGAGGCACCUCCUGUGAUCGAAUCACAACCAUGUGAUUCCCCCUCCUCUCUCUCUCUCUCUCUCUCACUCUCUCUCUCUCUCUCUCUUCUCCGUGUCUUUGAGCGCGUGUCUAAUCUAUCCUUUCUCACACUAACUCUACUUUUUCAAAGAGGUCAACAACACUUACGAGCAACUUCAACCGUGUCUCCGUGUGUGCGUGCGAGUGAGGCUUUGAGACGUCCAUUUUAGAUGUGCCAAUUAGUUUCGUGUUCGAGUCCUGUAGUGGGUCAAACCAGAAACCGCGGUGCGUCACUGUUACAAGAAUUUUGAAGCUCCAUCUCUUUCUUGGAAGCUCUCAGUCUCUCCCCCCCUCCCCCAGAUUUUCUCUUCUGUCUCACCAGAAUCUUUAACCUAGAAGAAGAACAACAAAGGUGGGUCUACAGUCAAUUUGGCCCAUUUUCUAGAAUUAGGUUUCGGUUUGGUUUUGGCUCAGAUCCAGUAUCUGAAGAUCGAUUUGAACAUUGGUGAAGAAAGAGAGGUGGACAUGGAUUUUAGAGAGGGUUUUGUGGAGUUCGAAGAAGCCCAGAUUGUCAAAGGUAAGCAAAACCCUUUCUCUUACUCGUCCUCAUCGUCUUCACCCUCUUCUUCCACUUCUCAUCACCAACACAUGAGAGGCUUCUUUCCUGCUGGCAACGUCAAUAAUGGCCAGUGGGACACCCAGACGGGAUCUUGGUUAGCCCCCAGAUUCGACCGCGAAGCUGACGGCCGCUCGAAGCCCGAGCUCAUGGACGUGUCACCGCCUCGAGAUGACGAGGAUUCGCGUCCGCACGAGAGCUCGGCCGCUACCCCCGCUGCUCCUGCACCGCCGAUUGAGAGGGAGCACAUGUUUGAUAAGGUCGUCACGCCGAGCGACGUUGGCAAGCUGAAUCGCCUCGUCAUCCCGAAGCAGCAUGCUGAGAAGUACUUCCCGCUCGAUUCCUCGUCUAACGAGAAGGGCUUGCUCCUGAACUUUGAGGACCGCAACGGGAAGUCAUGGCGGUUCCGGUACUCUUACUGGAACAGCAGCCAGAGCUAUGUGAUGACGAAAGGGUGGAGCCGAUUCGUGAAGGAGAAGAAGCUGGACGCUGGGGACAUCGUCUCGUUCCAGCGCGGCGUCGGCGAGUUUGGCAAGGACCGUCUCUUCAUCGACUGGAAGCGGCGGCCUAACGCCCCAGACCCUCCCCCGAUGGCCGCGUUCCAACUCCCAGGCCCCUUCUCAUUGCAUCCUCGGGGCUCAGCGACAGCAGUCCCAUGGGGCCCUUUGCUAAUGCGGCCCGGGGCAGCUGCAGGUGCAAUGCACAUGUCCGCGAGGGACCACUUACAAACGUCGCACCUGGGUCCAUACCGUAACAGUUACGGAGGCGACAGUGGUUAUGGUUAUGGUUAUGGGAAUGUGGUGAGCUUGAACGCUUGUCCAAAUUCGUCGUCGGUGUAUUACCAGCUCAGAUCGAGCAUCGGUGCAGGCACAGCCCCCAGGCAAGUGUCCGCUGGGAUGGUGCAGGUUCAUCAAGGUGGGGGAGGCAGUGCCGGGGGGAACGAGCCAGUGGUAUUCGAUUCGGUGCCCCUGGUCCAAGGGAAAGUUGCAGCCAAGAGGCUGAGGCUGUUUGGAGUGAACAUGGAGUGCCCAAUUUCGGAGUCCGAUGACGAGUGCGACAUACUGUCCUCAACCUCUAUAUCACAUGCUUCAAUCUCAUCGCAAACCCACCAUAUGUCCUCUUCUCCACAGCAGCCUCCUCUCCAGUUGAGGCUAUACAAUGGUACGCCGUUGCCAACCAUCCAGGCCGAGUUCUUGAACAAGGGAAAGGCUUCGGUCUCCUCAUCCUUGGACUUGGAUAUUUGAAAGAAGAUGACCCAAAAGGAAUUGGCAUUACAUUGAUUGGUUUUGGUUUAUGUUGUCAAUUCAUACGAUUAACCAGGGCCAUAAUUUCGUCAAGAUGUCUUGCUCAUUAUCUACUGCAACUCUUGCAUUUGUGGAAUGAUUGGAGGGCUUAGGCAUUGAAGGGCAAGAAUCGAGAAUUGCCCCGUAAUGGCAAAGUGUUUUGGUAUGGUUUUGAUGUGUGAAAGGGAAAGGGCGCAUUUGAGAGAAUCUGGGGUUUUCCUUGAAGACUUCGUUAGAGACAUCGUCAAAUGAGAUAGAGAGGAGAUCAAGAACUGCGCAGCCACCAUUUUCCAAGAAUUACAUAUCGAACAGUUCUUUCUUUUAUAGAAAGAAAAACAUUUUGCUUUGUGUAUAAAGUACAUAUAUGAUAUUCAUGAUCAACUCAUUAUAGAUAGAGAGUCUAAUAUGGAGAGACAUUUGAUAGAUCCCAUCAAUCACAGCCCAAGAUUUCAUGUCACUUUUGUUUUCCUUUUUCUUUCCUGUCUUCCAUUUGGACCUGGUUUCUCCAAUGUGUAUUCAUCCCAUGGUUUCCACUGAAUCAGCUCUUUAUGAUCAA